AUGAAAAGCAAUAAUGUGAUUGCUGGGUUGUUGGGCGUUUGUGCUUGUCUUUUAUUUCUCAUCUACUAUGAAGAGAUUCGAAAUGUUAUGUUUGAGCAACUACCCCAGCAGCUACAAUAUAUCGCUCAAAUGCCAGAAACAGGGAAGAGCGAAAGUGGAAUGGAUCCGAAUGAUGAGGAUAGGCAAGAAGAGGAAAGAAAUAAUGCAACAACAACAGCAACCACAACAACAAAUCCACGCUUUUACACAAUUAAAUCUUUGGAAGAUCUCUUCGACACAUGUCCUUUGAAACACAAAGAUCCGUGGGACGAUGAGUUUAUCAAGAAACUUGGGAAAGCAAAUAAAGAUUCGUGUACCCCAGAUGAAUUGCUCACGAAAUUCAAAGAUGGAAAAGUGGAAUUGAACGAGAAAAACCCGGCCUCAAAAGGACAUUCUUGUCAAGGCAGAUGUAUCUAUUACAAGAACAACUACGUGCUAGGCAGCGAUUCGUGGAAGAAAAUCGACGAUCAGAAAUUCGAGUGCGAUCACGUGGAGGUCGAGUGCAAGGAUGUGAAUGGGAAAGUCGAUUACAAGUACAUUCAUCAGCAGAUUUUUGAGUACAGCCGUGAUCGCAUGAACUUGUUCGGAUCGAUGGGCAAAAAGACGAAUGCGAGUAGAGUGAGAUCGGAUCAAUUCCAUCCCGAUGUCUAUAUUAUCAUUCUUGAUGCAAUGUCAAUGACUGGAGGAUUCAGACAAAUGCCAGAAACGAUGAUUUUCCUUGAGGAAUCCCUCCAGGCUGUUCCAUUUCGAUUCGUCGCAAAAGUCGCCGAGAACAGUAAACCCAAUUCGAUUGCGUUUCUUUUCGGAGAGAUCCCAAUCCCAGUUGAUCGUCGUGUGUUCGGGGUAAAUGACGUGCUACACCAUACUCUGGAUGAGAAUGAAUCUUGUGGAAGAGCACUCGAUAAUGAGACAUAUAUCAUGUUUGAAUAUGAGGAUGCCGGCUAUAAAACGAUGUGGGGUUGUGACUUUUAUCUGGUGAAUUUCGGCUACACGAAUUGUGUGGGCAUCAAGAAUCAACUAUCAACGCAUUAUAUGAGAGCUUUCCAAAUUCGAUCCGCCUAUCAAAAGGACGAUUUGUUGAAAUCUUUCGUGUUUAAUCGCGAAAAAUGUCGUUUUCCGUACACUCAUCUCUUGGAUUAUCAACAGAUGUUUAUCGAUUCGUAUAAAGAUGUUCCGAAAAUGUCAUUAAUCUGGAGUGUAGACGCUUCUCACGACUCUGAAAAACCGAUGGCCAGCACCGAUUCGACUUUUCGCAAAUUUUUAGAGCAAAAUAAGCACAAUUUCGAUAACGCUUUCGUGAUCGUAAUGGGUGAUCAUGGACCGAGAUAUGAUAGUGCGACAAACACAAAACAAGGAUUGUAUGAUCGGAUAAACCCGUUGAUGAUGCUGGCUCUACCAGAAAGACUCCGAGGAUCAAAAAUGCAUAAAGUUUUGAAAGAAAAUAGUGAAGAGCUCUCUUCCCACCACGAUCUUCAUGCCACUCUCGUUGACAUCGUUCGGCAUCAACCAGAAACAAAUUUUACGGACAUAAAAUACCGAAAAAUAAAUAAAACCUAUGGAUCGUCGUGGUUGCGAAAAUUUGAAUCGGGAGUGCCGAGGACGUGCAAAACGCUUCCAAUCCCAUCGCAAUAUUGUCUCUGUGAUUAUGGCCAAAUCGAGAUUUUGGAUUCAAAUUUGCACAAAGAAUUGGGUCAACGAGCCGUCCGUGAUAUUAACACAUUUUUGCAUGAGAGAGGCGUCGCUGAUCAAUGUGAGGACAUGGAAUUUGAUUCGAUGAGUAAGCUGCUCUUAAUGCCGUCAGUCACCUAUAAAGCUCAAUAUCGAGUGCAUUUCAUAACAAAAAAAGGCGCUAAGCUUAUGACAACCUAUGUCAGACAUCAAAAUGAUCGAGUCGAGCUUUUGAAAAGAGAAUGGGAUAGAACGGAUAGAUAUGGCAAAACAGCUGAUUGUUUAAAGAUUGAUGCAAAGAAUUUUGAUUUGAGAAUAUUGUGUUAUUGUAAAAAGCAA